AUGGCUGCUGCCCCUGGGGGUUACUCGAUCAACGUGAACGACCCGAGCCUCAUCGCCCUUGUCAAUAAGCUGCAGGAUGUGUUCACCACAGUGGGUGUCCAAAAUCCGAUAGAUCUCCCUCAAAUUGUGGUGGUUGGAUCGCAGUCUAGUGGAAAGAGUUCCGUUUUAGAGAACAUAGUUGGCAGGGAUUUUCUUCCGCGAGGAUCAGGCAUUGUCACUCGACGACCACUUGUCCUGCAGCUGAUCAAUAAGCCUUCGCCAGAGAAGUUACAAGCCAACGGCGUGACGGAGGAUGAGCUCAAAAAGACAACAGAUAGAGAAGCAAACGUUGACGAGUGGGGGGAGUUUCUUCACAUCCCUGGCCAGAAAUUCUUCGAUUUCAAUAAGAUCCGAGAUGAGAUCGUCAAGGAGACAGAAGCUAAGGCAGGGCGGAAUGUUGGCAUAUCACCUGCUCCUAUCAACCUCCGAAUAUACUCACCUAAUGUCCUCACGCUCACACUUGUCGAUUUACCCGGUCUUACUAAAGUUCCCGUUGGAGACCAACCAAAGGACAUCGAAAGACAGAUUCGGGAGAUGGUUUUGAAGCAGAUACAGAAACCGAAUGCCAUCAUAUUGGCUGUGACGGCAGCAAACGUAGACUUGGCCAACUCAGAUGGCUUAAAGAUGGCAAGGGAGGUCGAUCAGGAAGGGCAGCGGACAAUCGGCGUACUAACCAAAGUAGACUUGAUGGAUGAAGGGACUGAUGUGGUUGACAUUCUCGCCGGGCGGAUCAUUCCUUUGCGGCUUGGCUACGUCCCUGUCGUCAAUCGUGGUCAACGAGAUAUUGAAAACAGGAAAAAAAUCUCAGCGGCCCUCGAGGCCGAGAAGAACUUCUUCGAGAACCACAAGGCGUACCGUAACAAAGCCUCUUAUUGUGGGACACCUUACCUUGCCAGAAAACUCAAUCUGAUCCUGAUGAUGCACAUCAAACAAACGCUGCCCGAAAUCAAGACGCGUAUCUCUACCUCCUUGCAGAAAUACACAAGCGAGUUAAACCAGCUCGGUGAUUCGAUCUUAGGAAACCCGACCAAUAUCGUCCUCAACAUCAUUACCGAAUUCAGCCAGGAAUACCGCACUGUCCUGGAAGGGAACAACCAAGAAUUGUCUAGUCUUGAGCUGUCCGGUGGUGCUCGUAUCUCCUUCGUGUUCCACGAGUUAUACUCAAAUGGCAUUAAAGCCGUGGAUCCUUUCGACCAGGUAAAGGAUAUUGACAUUCGAACGAUCUUGUACAACUCCUCCGGAUCUUCUCCUGCCCUUUUCGUGGGCACAACAGCUUUCGAGCUUAUUGUCAAACAGCAAAUCAAGAGGUUAGAAGAUCCUUCUCUGAAAUGCGUCAGCCUCGUCUAUGAUGAGCUUGUUCGAAUCCUGGGUCAGCUUCUCAACAAACAUCUUUUCAGGCGGUAUCCUCAACUGAAAGAGCGCUUCCAUGCCGUGGUCAUAGCUUUCUUCAAGAAGUCCAUGGACCCAACAAAUAAGCUUGUUAGAGACCUGGUCGCUAUGGAGGCUUGUUACAUAAACACUGGCCACCCUGAUUUUCUCAACGGUCACCGAGCCAUGGCAAUUGUGAAUGAUCGGCACAACUCGACCAAACCUACUCAAGUGGAUCCCAAGACCGGAAAACCGAUCCCUGCAGCAAUGCAGCCACGAGCUGCUUCACCCUCCUUGCCAACCGACGGCUCCGAUGGCAACUCUGGCUUUUUCGGAAGCUUCUUUGCUAGCAAAAACAAGAAGAAGAUGGCAGCGAUGGAGGCUCCACCUGCUACUCUCAAAGCAUCGGGCACUUUGUCGGAACGAGAGAACCAAGAAGUGGAAGUGAUCAAGCUGCUCAUCAACAGUUACUUCAACAUCACGCGAAGAACAAUGAUUGACAUGGUCCCUAAAGCCAUCAUGCUAAAUCUUGUACAAUACACAAAAGACGAGAUGCAGCGUGAGCUUCUAGAGCAGAUGUAUAGGACCCAGGAGUUAGACGACCUGCUCAGGGAGAGCGAUUACACCAUCCGAAGAAGGAAAGAAUGCCAGCAGAUGGUGGAGAGUCUGAGUCGGGCCCAGCAGAUUGUCAGUGAGGUACAAUGA